UAACAAUUGAUAGACAAUAAUGGAGCGACGAAAAAUGGGCAGAGGAUUAAAUCGUUCGAUCUACGCAAUCACGCUCUUAUCACUAAUUACAGUGGUGAUUUUCAUCUUUGCGUGGAGACCAAUACUGCUUUCGUAUUUCUUCAGAUACACUAAGAUCAUUAUUUUAGAAGCUUUAAGCUAUGAACAGAGAGUUUUGGACAAUGAACAACAACUUGCUCAUAAGGAAUGGAGAACGUAUCAGAUUGAAAGUCGUUUUGGCCAAGAAUGGUGCAAAGAAAACGUACAAGCAAGAAGCGAUGUUACGUGGCUAACAAUUGUGGUGGACGAUAAUUUCGUCGUUCCUGCGUUGGUUCUCGCUCACUCCAUCCAAGCAUUCUCUUGCCACAAGAAUAUGAUUGUCCUGAUUUCAGAUACAGUGACCGAAGAAGCCCAGGCGGCACUUGAGAAAGUUGGUUGGGACACUAGAUUAGUUGAAGCAAUGGACUGUGACUGGCUGGAUGCAAAAAUGACCCUUGAAAGAAACGAAGGACUGUUUGCAAGACCACGAGGCUACAGAAUUAUGGGAACACACACUCGAUUCCACGCGUGGAAAUUUUCUGAAUUUUCGAAAAUCAUUUAUGCCGACGCCGAUUACAUGUUGAUGACGAAUAUCGAUGAAUUGUUUGAUAUUCCAGAUGACUUUGCUGCCGUUCCUUGCGCGCGACCUGGUGUAAUAGAUCCUUGCUUUAAUGCUGGUCUCCUUGUUUUUAGACCAGGUGCCAAAUACUAUCAGGAAAUCAUGGACUUAUGGCAGGAAACCACCCAAAGAGAUACUUGUCCUGACGAUCAAGUUUUGCUCUGGCAUUAUUACGCCGAUGCUGGAAACUGGAGAGCACUUCCUUACUCAUUCAACAUCAGACUCAUCAUCUACAGACCCUUUAACUCUUAUCACUUUGCUGGAGGCAAAGGCGGCUAUCAUCCUCCCAAGCCUUGGUCCGCAGAUUGCAGACCAAGCAGGAAAGAAGCUGCAGAGUAUGACAGACCAAUUGUUGACAUAUCAGAUGUAGAAAUAGUUUUCUGGAAGAAUUUUUAUCAGCUACUGAAAAGGUAUAAUUUAGAGGACUGGUGGAGAUCUACCAAGCUGUAUCGACCAAAGCAAGAGUUUGGUGUCGUACCCUAUGCGGAUUGCAAACAAGGUAAAGGGAACGUGGAGUUAUAGUCGUGAUAACACCCUUUCAAAAAGAAGUUUGUUUUUUCCAUCACCUGUUCACUGUUUACUGUUAUGAAUUGAAUAACAGGAAGUUACAUGGUAUUGAUUUCUGAGAGUUUAAACCAGGGAAGAACCCGAAAAAACUACUCAUUACAAAUUAAAAACUGAAAUUUAGUGUUCACCAUUUUCUGUGUAGAGAAUACAUUAAAAUUCUGUUCCUUAUCUCAACAACAUCAGAAAGCGUGAGUAGUUCUUCUAUUCAAAAUGAUGAAGUAAAUUUACAUUGGACAUGCAUGUCCAACAUAUGUUGGCAAAACUUACGUAUGGCCUAUCCCCUUUCCGGCAUUGCGGGGAAGAACAAUUCACGUUGCGGUGUUGCGGGGAUCUCAAACCUUGCAGUGUAGGAUGCUCGUAAUUUCAAACCGGUGUUCGGUGAAAUAAACCAGAUUUUGAU